AUGCGGUUCUCGAUCCCAUAUUCCAACUCCAACUCAUCGGAAGCCCCGGUAUGGGGGCCCAUCACGUCACCCUUGAAGUAUGUAGUUCCAGAUUAUGUCGUCACUGUCUACAUCGCCGAAUUCAUCAAUGCCUUGACAAGCUUAAUAUACCUUGGAUAUGCCUUCCACAGGCUUCACAGCGUCUCUACCUAUGCGGAGGCAUUCACGACCGCCUUGCCCUAUGUAGGGCUUGCCUACGUCGGUAUCUGCAGCGCGGCCUAUCAUACUCUCCUGAAAGCACCCGCUGAACUAGCGGAUGAGCUUUCGAUGCACUUUGCGACUGCGUGCGUACUGCACCGCAUCUUUAGCUUCGACCAGCCGCCCCGCAUCGCCUUGCGGAAUGGCAUAGUGCUCCUCUCGAUCUUGAUCGGAUUCGUUGGAACCCAAAGCAUCAAGCAAGACUUCCUCUGGCACGCUCUCCUCUGGGCUAGCAUGCUCGCAGCCAUCGGAUGGAAGACGAGGAAUGUGGUCCAGAAGAAUUUCAAGAAAGGAGAUCCAGCGAAGCGGCGGGCCACGAAAGUCGCUCGUCUCGGUGGAGUCUACUUCGGGGUUGGAUACGCGAUCUGGAAUCUGGAUUGGUUAUUCUGCUCUCAGUUGACGUCCUUGAAGCGACAAUGGGGCAUGCCGUGGAGUUUUCUCCUGGAGUUCCAUGGAUGGUGGCAUCUAUUGACAGCUAUGGGCGCGUACUCGUUCAUGGCUCUGGUGGAGUUACUCGUAGAUCAGAACAAACCAAAGCAAGAGCGUGGGCAACCCUUCGCCUGGCCAGUGUCUCUCUACUUAUCACAUUAAACCUAGAAGUUUAGAAGAUACCUAAUGAUAGACCGAUCUGUAUGGCAACUUCUCAG